AUGUCGGCCAUGGAGCACUCUGGACUGCGUAUCGGUAUCGACGUUGGUGGCACCAACACGGACGGCGUCCUCCUUGACCCUGCUGCAACCGAAAUAUCUCACCACGGCAUCCUCGCCUAUCACAAGGCACCCACGACUCCCGACCCAAGCGAUGGUAUCGAGGCCUGCAUCAAGAAGCUGCUCGAUGACGCGAAGAUCGAGCCAGCCCAGGUGGCGAGUUUGACCAUCGGCACGACGCACUUCAUCAACGCCGUCGUCGAGAAGGACGCCGGGCGGCUCGCGCCUGUAGCUGUCAUACGCCUCUGUGGCCCUUUCUCACGCGAGCAAUAUCCUGGCAUCGAUUGGCCCGUCGACUUGAAGACCAUCAUCUGCCAGCACUGCGGCUUCGUCGACGGUGGGCUGGAGAUUGACGGCGACAUCAUACGCGAGCCCGUCGAGGAUCAGAUAGAAGAGCAAUGCGCGCUCAUCAAGCAGAAAGGCAUCAAGAACAUCGUCAUCAACGGGAUCUUCUCGCCGGCCGACGUCGUCGAACUACAGGAGGAGCGAGUCGGCGAGUGGGUCAAGAAGUACUACCCAGACGCUGAUGUCGUCCUAUCCAAACAUGUGGCCAAUCUCGGCUUCCUUGAGCGUGAGAACGCGGCGCUGCUGAAUGCUUCCAUCUUGCCCUUCGCUCGCGCCACCAUCGCCUCGUUCGAACGAGCAGCCCGUGCUCUGGAGCUUUCCUGUCCUGUCUUCCUAGCGCAGAACGACGGAACGUUACUACCCGCACGCCUUGCUGCUGGCGUCCCUAUACGCACCUUCAACUCUGGUCCUACCAACUCCAUAUCUGGCGCUGCAUUUCUUGUUCGCCAUGAACUCGGACUUACUCGACGCCCAAUGCUCGUCAUCGACAUUGGUGGGACGACUACAGACGUAGGAAUGCUACUACCCAAUGGACUUCCGCGCCAAGCUGCGGCUACCACGGAUGUAGCCGGUAUACGGAUGAACUUCUCUUGUCCGGAUGUCAAGAGCAUUGGCCUUGGUGGCGGUUCAAUUGUGCGCAGAGACGGGAAGUUGACUAUCGGACCAGACUCGGUUGGUCUUCAAAUCCAGACCAAGGCUUUCGUCUUUGGGGGAAGCACCCCGACCGCCACCGACUACGCCGUUGCUGCGUCGACUGCGAAUCUGCAGAUUGGCAACGCCGAUAGGGUACCCGUCGACGUACGCGAGCAUGCAGAGGAGUUUUGCGUCGUCUUACACGGCAUGCUCGAAAGUAUCAUCGACAGGAUGAAGACAAAGGCGGAGGAUAUCGAUGUUUUGCUCGUCGGCGGUGGUGCUGUUCUGUUCGGAGAUGGAACUAAGCUUAGAGGAGCGAGUAAGGUCAUCAAGCCCAAAUAUUCUGGCGUUGCGAAUGCAAUAGGUGCAGCUAUGGCGCGCGUGUCGGGUACAGUUGACACUGUCCGGCCUACAGCUGAGAAGACUACACAGCAGGUGCUCGAAGAGGUUUCGCAGCUUGCCACCGAGCGUGCAUUCGAGAACGGGGCGCUGCGUAACACGAUCGAGCUCGCUGAAGUCGACGUGAUCCCUAUCCAAUAUGUGGCUAACAAGGCACGUUUCAUCGUCAAGGCUAUAGGCGACUUCGACUUUUCGAGACCGCUACCUGCCGCUCUUGACGACCCCGAGUUCAACACUAAGCUCUACGAGCCCGUCGAUAAACGGUCCACGUCACAUACACCGCUGCCGCUAGUGCCAACGUUGUAUGAGCUCGAGUCCUAUCAGCCCGUUGUCACUCCCGAUCGGGAAUGGUUGCUGUCUGAACGGGACCUGGAGUGGAUCUCCACAGGCUGUUACAUCUUAGGCUCGGGUGGCGGCGGUUCUCCCUAUGGGGAGUUUGUACGCAUCCGCGAGCUCAUACGCACAGGAAGCACAAUCCGCGUAGUCAGUGUCGACGACAUCAAAGACAGUGCAAGCAUCGCAUCGGGGUGUGGGAUGGGCAGCCCAGCAGUUGUGAUCGAGAAGCUGGCAGGCAACCAGAUGAUGGAGUCACAGCGCGCAGUCUGGGAUGCCAUAGGCUCGCAGCCGGAUGCGGUGAUCACACUUGAGAUAGGUGGCAUGAAUGGCUUGCAAGCUUUCCUGCUUGGUGCAUCCGCUAACAUGAACGUACCGGUUGUCGACGGUGACUUCAUGGGGCGUGCAUACCCAACGGCAUGGCAAGUGACACCCGUAGUACUGGGUGGCGACCAGGCGCACGCGCUCCCGAACGCACUUGCCGAUGGCAAUGGCAAUGUGGUCGUCAUGAGCCGCGCAACAUCUGAACGCAUGGUCGAGCGCGCGUUCCGUGCCAUUCUCGCAGAGAUGGGGUCCUCUGUAGGUUUCGCGAAGGGGGCUUUCUCCGGCGCAGAUACCAGAGCCUGGGCAGUGAAGCAUACAGUCUCCCUGGCCUGGCGCAUCGGACGUGCUGUAGCUCUGUGUCGAGCGCGUAGCGACCUUGAUGCUGUCGCGGACGUCAUUGUCGACGCCGUCGGAGGGCCUACGACGGCACGGGUUUUGUUCAGGGGCAAGAUUGUCAGCGUCGAACGCAAGAACGUCAAAGGUCACCUAUACGGCGAAGUGGCCAUCAUGGACUCCGACGCCGGCAGGCUGACCAUACCAUUCAAGAACGAGAACCUCAUCGCCACGCGCGUCCAACCUGACGGCACAGAGGUGCUUGCAACCGUCCCCGACCUCAUUUGCGUAUGCGAUGCCGCGAGCGGCGAGGCGCUUGGCACGUCCGACUAUCGAUAUGGCCUCCAUGUCUUCGUACUCGGCAUCACAGGCUCGGACAAGUGGACAUCCACACCGCGCGGCAUCGACAUCGGUGGUCCGCGCGCCUUCGGGUUUGACCUGGAGUACAAGCCGCUGGGAGUAUUCGUACCACCGAUGAGUGUAAUCGACGAGUAUGGCCCCCCUGCGUAA